UACUUGCAACGAAGUCUGAUAGUGGCUCCUACAAUUUCGAAUAGCGUCUGGUUUUGAUUAGCGGAUGUUAGAACGAAGCAUGCAUUGCCAUUGAGUCAACGAGAGAUUUGCUUUUAACAGCAUUUUGCUUGGGGUAGUUUAAGCUUUUCUCACCAUUCACUCCUCAUUAAGCACGCAAUAUACAAAACUGCUGAAACACCAAAUUCUUCCCCUGCCAUUGGUAGAACUUUUGUCUCCUUCCAAUCUUUAGAGAGAGAGAGAGAGAGAGAGAGAGAGAGAGAGAGAAAAGCUCUCAGGUCCUGGCCUUGCUAUGGAUUGAUGAGUCCAUGGCAGUGCAUUGACUUUCCUUGUGAUUCAAAGGAAAUGUCAUAUUGUUUCUUAAAUUUAUAAAGCAGAGCAGGGAUGACCACAAAGAUGAAAGGCCUGCUCAAGGGCCUUAGAUACAUAUCCCAGAUUUUUGAUGAAGAUAAAGAACCAGAUAUGCAAAUUGGUUUCCCCACAGAUGUAAAGCACGUUGCUCAUAUUGGGUGGGAUGGGCCAUCAGUUGAUUCACCUAGCUGGAUGAAAGAAUUUAAAUCACCAACCGGAUUUCAAUCAGCACCUUUAGCUAUUCCUGGAGACCCCAAAGAGAACCCGGAAAUUAAAUGGGUUUCUGAAGAUGGAAAGAAUGCCCGAGGUAAAAGCUCUUCAGCCAAAGACCAAUCUGAAGCGCCAAGAUCAUCAUCUCGACGCCAAUCAUCAACAGAAAAUUCAUCUGACUCCCCAAAGAAAGAAAAAUCCAGGCACUCAAGAAAGCAUCACUCAAAGGACUCAUCUGACAGUGUUAAAAACCGGCAGACCCAGGAUUCAGGCCUUGGUUCUGAGUCUCCCUCAAACCUUCCAGACAUCCCAAAAAAAUCAAGAAGAAAGAAGUCAAAGGAAUCUAUCAGCGGCGGAUCCUCUGGUUCCGUAAGAUCAAGAAACAGGGGCAACACUUCUGGCACAUGUACAUCUCCUGUUUCGGAUGCUGGGAAUAACUCGGAGGCUAUGAACUCAAGAAAAGAUGAGCUUUCUCAAACCUCAAAUUUGAAACCUCGUAUAGAAGAGGGAGAGAAGGAAAGUAGUGGCAUAUUUUAGACAAUUGGAAUAAUGAAUAUUCUUUUUUGUCCCUUUUUGGUUUAAGAUUUGGUAGCUAGAGAGUUGCUCAAUUUAAACAAAAUUUUCCUUUAUAUUCAUAGAUUCAUAGUAUGGACGAAAGUUGUAUGUCAAUUGUUGUAGAGUUCUGGAUUUUGUGAAGCCCUGGAGUUCAUUUUGGCUAUAGCACCAGAAGCCAAUAGAACGACCAUGUACAAUCUGCAGCUAUCAUCCUCAUCCUGUGUGGUGUAACUGUGCAAGUCUAA